AUGCGCUGGCAGGUGCAGCGUGAGUGCCAGGCGCAGCCUCGUGCCCCAGCGGUCCUAAAAGUGGCAGAGGCUAUUCCAGGCGUGCAGCCGCCCAGCGCGCCGGGCGGCGCUACCCGUUUGGCAGACUUCAAGCCAAUACUGACGGAUCUCUUCGACGAAGGGGGGCAAUCGAACCAAUCCCCCCAGCAGCUGCAAGCCAAGAUCGAGCAGCUGCAACGGCUGCAGCAGCUCCUCCAAAAGCAGCAGGAGGGGCUGAAGCGGCAGAACCAGAGGCAGAGGCAGACCCCACAAGGCGCGCGCGGAGCAAGUCAGGGCAGCGAGGCCGUGCCGUUGCUUUCUUCGUCGCAAAGUCGGCCAGUCCGACCGCAGUUGCUGCAAAGGCUUUUCGGCGCUUCUCUCCAAGAGUUUAUGCGUAUCUUCUGUCCCUUCCCUACCACUCACUCUUUGCUCGCCGCGCAGGGCCGGCGGCGCUUCCUGGUUUAA